AAUAAUUCUUAGAUCAUUUACUAUUUGAAUUCUCUGCAACAAGAAGCUAUUUAAUUCGUAUUCACAAUGAAGAUCAUUUUAGGAAUAAUUUUGACUAUUUUUGUGUUUGUUUCAAAUAUUGCAGCUGAAAAACCAGAGGCUUGCUUACAACAACACUCUGUUGAUGGUAAUGGAAGGAUGAAAUGCCGAGGAUUGUUCUAUAGGUGGUCUUACAAUGUCGCAGAAGAUAAAUGCAUUGAAUUUAGCUAUGGUGGCUGCAAAGGAAAUGACAAUCGAUUCAAUUCUAAGGAAGAAUGCGAAGCACUUUGUAUGAAUUGAGUUUGUGAAUAAAAUUAUAAAGGUUUAAAAUAAAUUCAUAUAACUUAGAGCAAACUCUUAAAACAUGUUUCUAGUUCCAAAUAAGAAGUGUAAUUUCAUCCUUACACAAUUCUAUA